AACUGCAGAUGUUUCGCAUGUACACACUUACGAAGUUACCGGACUGUCGACAUAUUUCGCUUGCAAAAACAAAAGGAAUAUAAACAAAAAUUAAACGGAAAACACAUUUUGAUUGAAAAUCCUAAUAUGUCAAUGAUACCAUUCUUUCCCAAUCUGAAGCCAUCGGUGGCAAAUCGCUUUUGGUUUGACGUCGCCACCGAUGACGAGGCACAAACAAAGCGUUACGAGGAUGAGCGCAGAAAUUGGCGUGAAUCGCUGAAGACUGCAGCCACGGAUUUGCAGCCACUUGGCAAGGUGCUCACUAUGCCCGGCAUCGAGACCGACGACGAGGAUGCAAACGAUGAUAGUGAGGAUACGGACAGUCACGAUGAGGAAGACGAUGAAACCAACGAUCGUGUCAUUCCAGUCACCCAGGACUUUUAUUCAGCCGAUGACAUACAAAUGAAUGACGAGACAUCGCCAACAGCUCCCUAAGAAAAUUGAAAAUUGGGCAACGCAUUUCAUAGAUACACCAUUUAGUUAAUUACGUUCUUGCGACUACAAAGGUUCCCUUUACAAACUGUA